AUGGAGCGGAAUAGUUCAUUUGUCGAUGAUGUAUUUGCAAACAAUACAAACAGUUCUAAUAACUCAACAGUAAAUUUCGCGAGAAAUGAAAAUCUGGCAACUGUAGAAAUAAUAGUUCAAAGCAUUAUAUUCGUGCUUGCUGUUCUUGGCAAUGGAACCGUUAUUCUGUCGUUAUUUGUACGGAAACGAAAACUAAACAGAAUGCAUCUGUUGAUGGUCCACCUUAGCGUCGCGGACUUAUUUGUGGCAGUUGGAAGUGUUCUACCACAGCUAGCAUGGGAUAUAACAUUUGUAUUCAAAGGAGGCGAUGUUUUGUGUAGGCUUGUAAAAUAUAUGCAGAUCGUUGCAAUAUACGCCUCUUCGUAUGUCUUGGUAAUGACGGCCAUAGACCGCUACGUCGCCAUUUGCUACCCUUUCAUGAGCCGAAAGUGGACCUCGCGAACGGUUCAUAAACUUGUUGUAGUGGCCUGGACCUUGUCCUUGCUAUUCAGUGUGCCUCAAUUAUUCAUUUUCUCAUAUCGCACUACAUCGUAUGGGACAAUGGAUUGCUGGGCGAUGUUUGAUCCAGAAUGGACUUUAACUUUCUAUAUAACAAUUUUUACGGUUCUUGUGUACAUAGCACCGACAGUGAUAUUGGUAUUUUGUUACGGAAGUAUCUGCAUGGAGGUAUGGCGAAGUAGUCGAAUUGGGGUUCAUUUAGCAAGACUGUCCCAGCGUAUUCGUUCGCCAAAGUCAAAUGGAAUGGUGGAGACAAGAAUUAGCAAAAGUAAUUCAGAUGCUGUCAGUAUUAACACCGCUAAUCAAACCGCUAGAAUUUCGAAGAGAAAUUCAGCGGUGAAUUGCAGAGAAGAAUGUAGUUUUGAGGCAAAAGAUAGUUGUAAGAAUAAACUGUCCACCAAGGUACACUUCAACAAAGACACUUGCUCAGGGAAGAAAAAAAGUAGUCCUCAGAAAGGUUCUAGAAAACAGUUGUCAUCUGAACGUUCUGGAAAAGCACAAGUAAAAUUUGAAAAUGAAGAUCAGUCCCCUUCAAGAAGGAAAUCUUCUGUAGGAAUAUCACGAGCCAAGAUCAAGACUAUAAAGAUGACUUUGACAGUCAUUCUUUGUUAUUUUCUUUGCUGGUCGCCUUUUUUCAUUGCACAGAUGUGGGCUGCCUGGGAUGCAACAGCGCCGUUUUACGGAGCGGCGUACACCAUCAUCCUGCUGCUUGCCAGCUUAAAUAGCUGCACAAACCCUUGGAUAUACCUCUUCUUUAGCGACUCGGUCAGCGCUGAGAUCAAACAAUGUGUAGGGAGAAUAUGCAAGAAACCCUAG